GCUAAAUUUUCCCAUAUUUCGUUUUUAAGCCUGUCCGAACCACAAUUCCCUGCCAAUUUCAUACCCAUUUCGCCAUUUUCAAGAACAUUGUGUAAUGUGCUUGUUUUGAGCGAGAAUUAGGCCUGAAAGUUUGCAUCUUUGGCCGGUUUUUGAGUGACCAGAAUGGGGAAAAAGUCGAAGUCGAGGGGGUGCUGUGGGUGGUUUCUGGUGGCUGUGAUAUUGGCUCUGGUGGUGGGAGCCAUUGUUUAUGCGAUCAAGAGGAAAGUCAGUCACUCUAAUGAGGGUGCCGCUCCGGUUCCUGGACCUCCGGGAGCUGUCGAUAAGAAAUACUCUGAAGCUCUCAAAGCUGCAAUGCAAUUCUUCGACGUUCAGAAAUCUGGGAAAUUAGUGGAUAAUAAGAUAUCGUGGCGAGGGGAUUCAGCCCUCAAGGAUGGAAGCCAAGCGCAUUUGGAUCUGUCCAAGGGCAUGUAUGAUGCUGGGGAUCAUAUGAAGUUUGGUUUUCCAUUGGCAUUUACUGCCACAGUGUUGUCAUGGGCUAUCCUUGAGUACGGAGAUCAGAUGAAUGCAGUGAAUCAGUUGGAAUCCGCACAGGACUCCCUCAGAUGGAUAACGGAUUACCUCAUAAAUGCUCACCCAUCAGAGAAUGUGCUCUAUAUUCAGGUUGGGGAUGCUGAGGCAGAUCAUAAGUGUUGGAACAGACCUGAAGACAUGACUGAGAAGAGGCCUCUUACACAGGUGAACACAUCUUAUCCAGGGACAGAGGUUGCAGCUGAAACUGCUGCAGCUAUGGCAGCAGCAUCGCUGGUGUUUAAGAAAACUGAUUCCACAUAUUCAAGCACACUGUUGAAGCAUGCUCAGCAACUAUUUUCAUUUGCUGACAAAUAUAAAGCUUCUUACAGUGAAAGCAUCCCUGAUGUAGCAACAUAUUACAACUCAACAGGAUAUGAAGAUGAGCUCUUAUGGGGAGCUGGCUGGCUCUAUCAUGCAACAGGUGACAAAUCAUUCCUUCAAUAUGUGACCGUGGAGAAUGGAAAUGACUUUGCCAACUGGGGAAGUCCAACCUGGUUUAGUUGGGAUAACAAGCUUGCAGGAACCCAGGUUCUGCUUUCUAGGUUAAGCUUCUUUGGAUCAGAUGCAUCAGGCUCAGAGAACUCUGGCCUUCAAAAUUAUAGGAAGACAGCCGAGGCUGUUAUGUGCAACCUCCUCCCAGAUUCUCCAUCAGCCACAUCCAGCAGAACGGACAGUGGUCUUAUAUGGGUUAGUGAGUGGAAUGCUCUGCAGCAUCCUGUUGCCUCUGCAUUUCUAGCUGUUCUUUAUAGUGAUUACAUGCUCACAACUCGGACUGCAACAAUAUCCUGCAGUGGGAAAAAAUACAAACCAUCAGACCUUCGCAAAUUUGCCAAAACUCAGGCUGACUAUGUAUUGGGCAAGAACCCCAUGAAAAUGAGCUUUCUUGUGGGGUAUGGGGACAACUACCCACAAUAUGUUCACCACAGAGGUGCUUCAAUCCCAGCCGAUGAAAGUCCUGGCUGCAGUGAUGGUUUUAAGUGGCUUGAUUCGACCGAUCCCAAUCCUAAUGUAGCCAUAGGAGCAAUGGUAGGCGGUCCCUUCAUGAACGAAACCUACAUUGAUUCCAGGAACAACUCAAUGCAAGGAGAGCCAACCACAUAUAACAAUGCUGUUCUAGUUGGCCUCCUCUCUGGUCUGGUGACCACUUCUUCUGCAGUUCAAUCCUUCUCCUAAGGUUGCCUAAGUAUGUAACCAAUUACAUAAUUUGUAAUAUAUGGUAGUAGUAUGAAUAUGAAUUCUGCUCUUUCUCCUUGCAAAAGUUGUGUUUGCCAUGGUACAUUCUUUGCGCCUCCCCAACGCAUAUACCUACUUU